GAACCACAAAUUUACAUUCGAAUUGUUGUGGUUCCACCAUGAAGCCUCUAACAUUUUGCUUCGUUUGCCUUGCGGCUCUCGUUGUAAAUGCCAAUUCAAAAGCUGUGCCAGAAGAAGCUAAAGUAAGCCAUCAUGUACAAAAAUCAGAUUCCCCCAAAAAAUCCGAACCUAUUGAAUGGAUCCCAAUUCCCCUCGGUAGCGAUUGGAAAGGUGAUUUGCUUGAUCCUGAUAUGAAGAAGGUAGAAUCGUCGAAAAAAGCUGAACUCAUUGAUUGGAUCCCAGUUCCUCUUGGAAGCGAUUGGAAAGGGAAUUUACUUGAUCCUGAUAUGAAGAAGGUUGAAUCCCCCAAAAAAUCCGAACCUGUUGAAUGGAUCCCAGUUCCUAUUGGAAGCGAUUGGAAAGGUGAUUUGCUUGAUCCCGAUAUGAAGAAGGUAGAAUCCUCGAAAAAAUCUGAAAUAAUUGAUUGGAUCCCAGUUCCUCUUGGAAGUGAUUGGAAAGGUAAUUUGCUUGAUCCUGAUAUGAAGAAGGUGGAAUCCCCUAAAAAACCCGAACCUAUUGAAUGGAUCCCAGAUCCCCUCGGUAGCGAUUGGAAAGGUGAUUUGCUUGAUCCCGAUAUGAAAAAGGUAGAAUCCCCUAAAAAAUCCGAACCUAUAGAAUGGAUUCCAGUUCCCCUCGGUAGCGAUUGGAAAGGUGAUUUACUUGAUCCCGAUAUGAAGAGGGUAGAAUCCUCGAAAAAAACAGAACUCAUUGGUUGGAUCCCAGUUCCUCUUGGAAGCGAUUGGAAAAGUGAUUUGCUUGAUCCUGAUAUGAAGAAGGUAGAAUCCUCGAAAAAAUCCGAACCUAUUGAAUGGAUCCCAGUUCCCCUCGGUAGCGAUUGGAAAGGUGAUUUGCUUGAUCCCGAUAUGAAAAAGGUAGAAUCCCCUAAAAAAUCCGAACCUAUAGAAUGGAUUCCAGUUCCCCUCGGUAGCGAUUGGAAAGGUGAUUUACUUGAUCCUGAUAUGAAGAAGGUAGAAUCCUCGAAAAAACCAGAACUCAUUGAUUGGAUCCCAGUUCCUCUUGGAAGCGAUUGGAAAGGUGAUUUGCUUGAUCCUGAUAUGAAGAAGGUAGAAUCCUCGAAAAAACCUGAACUCAUUGAUUGGAUCCCAAUUCCUCUUGGAAGCGAUUGGAAAGGUGAUUUGCUUGAUCCCGACAUGAAGAAGGUAGAAUCCACGAAAAAAUCUGAACUCAUUGAUUGGAUCCCAGUUCCUCUUGGAAGCGAUUGGAAAGGAAAUUUGCUUGAUCCUAAUAUGAAAAAGGUGGAAUCCCCCAAAAAAUCCGAACCUGUUGAAUGGAUCCCAGUUCCCCUCGGUAGCGAUUGGAAAGGUGAUUUGCUUGAUCCCGACAUGAAGAAGAUAGAAUCCACGAAAAAAUCUGAACUCAUUGAUUGGAUCCCACUUCCUCUUGGAGGCGAUUGGAAAGGAAAUUUGCUUGAUCCUCAUAUGAAGAAGGUGGAAUCCUCCAAAAAAUCCGAACCUAUUGAAUGGAUCCCAGUUCCUCUCGGUAGCGAUUGGAAAGGUGAUUUGCUUGAUCCUGAUAUGAAGAAGGUAGAAACCUCCAAAAAAUCCGAACCUAUUGAAUGGAUCCCAGUUCCCCUCGGAAACGAUUGGAAAGGUGAUUUGCUUGAUCCUGAUAUGAAGAAGGUGGAAUCCUCCAAAAAAUCCGAACCUAUUGAAUGGAUCCCAGUUCCCCUCGGAAACGAUUGGAAAGGUGAUUUGCUUGAUCCCGAUAUGAAGAAGGUGGAAUCCGCCAAAAACCCGGAACCUAUUGAAUGGAUCCCAAGUCCCUUAGGGGACGAUUGGUUAGAUUAUUUGCUGGGCCAUUAUGAACAAAAAUCAGAAUCCUCUAAGUAACGUAAAUCUAUCUAUAAGAGUACUCUCCGUACGAUAGUUAAGCUUUUUCAGAUCAGAAUUAGAUUUAAAAUAUCUAUACAGAGCCCAAAACUAUUCCAGCGAAAAUCUUAUAUAAAUUAAUUAAAAAGUCACUAUGAAGAAAAACCGUUUGUAAUGGAUGUUUUUAAACAAUACAUGUAGUCGCUAUUUACAGCAAAACAGACGUUCAAUAGGUAUAGAUGUGCCAUCGCCUCUUUUAAAAGGCACCACGUUUGUAAAGAUUAGAAAUAAACAAAGAAAAUUAAGAGAAGAGAGAAUUUCAAAAUAACUAUGUGUGAACAAUGAAUGAGUUUUUAAUGGAUUAUGGACACUUUUUUACUUUUAAACCGCAGUAAGCACCUCUGGCGGUGAAAUUGUCGUUACCAUAAGAAAUACAUUGACGGAAUUUCGUUUGCAGAUACGCAGAUGUAAAAUAUGAAAAUGUGGUAGAACUAGAAAUCAGAGAUACGAAGAGAUUUCCACGAUGUUGCAGUUGUAAACUCUUUUUCUUGCUUUGCUAACUCGAUGUCAAAUGCGACAAGCGUAAGUGUAGUAUAAACCUUAUUCUCAUAGAUAAAAGUCCGCCGACUAAUACUAUUUUAACACAUUUCCUUACUUAAGUUCCUUUCGUUGUAGUCUUUUCAUAGUAGAAUGUUUUUUUUUGAAGAAAAUCAAUAAUUCAAAAAUAAAUUUUAAAAUUUCUUAAAAGAUA